AGGUGAUGUGUCUGAUAACUGAAUCUCCGAAUCAAACUAUGAACGGCAUCGAGAAGCGAUUCAAAGUCUGGUUAUUCAGACGUUUGUCUCCCUUUUCUGCUCAAUACCACCGGCGGUCCUCGGUCUCUCAUUGCUACUAAAACUGGAAAACUCGCAGAUCAUCAGUGAACUUAUGAUCAUUGGAUUCUCCUGCCAUUCAUCAAUUAACGUUAUCUCAUUGCUGAUAUUUUCUCCUCCAUAUCGCAGAUUUUUGAGUAAGAUCUUCAGAAGAAGUCAACGGCGAAUCUUCGUACAUGCGCACUCGCAAAGCGGAUCAUGAUAAUUAACUGUUUUGUAAACUU